UGAAAUCGCAACGCAACUGGCAUGGCAUGUAAAUAAAAUAAUCAAUUGACGAAACCCUGAGAUAAAAUGUGAAUUAUUGAAAAUGCAAAUGUAGCAACUGAACAUUAACCAUCGUAACACGCGAAGACCAUUGGUUCCUGCUAAAUGUGAAUUAAAGUGGUCAAGUGAAAACGCGUUAACUUGUGUAAAACUGGAGUGGCAAACAAAGAUUGGAAUGUCCUAUUUACUUUCGAACAUACAUACAAACAUAUGUGGGUCAAUGUAGACAAUGCUCAUGAAAACUAUGUACAUAAUAUAACGUUGUUUGUUUUGUCGGUUACAACAUUGUUUAUUAGCUUGCAUUGCAUUUUCAAGGCUGAAUUCUGCAGCCUUCGUUUUUCCACCAGCAAGGAAAAUCCAAUCAUGAAGGAGUUCUGAGAGCUGGGGGAUUAAAGCUUGCCCAUCGGUGGGCUUCUUAUCAAAAACUGCAAACAAUUGGAUCUCGAAGACUGAAUGUAAUAGCACAGAAAAAUCUGUCAGGUGUUAUCAUGUCCACAGGAAAAUACCUUUUUCUUAAGGGUUCCAGGACUUUGAGGUCCCAAAAGCUGAAUUUAUAAAAUGCACAAACAAGAAUCUGGUUGUUAACAACGCGCUGCUACAAGUAAACCCAUAUAUACCGACACUAUAGACAUGAAAGUAAAAGAUAUAAUGCCUUGUGCAUGCCCUGCAUAAAAACAUAGACACCAAGUACCGCAGUCAGUCUAGUAUUUGGCAUCUGAUCCGGAUCUGCCGGCCAGCCCACACACACUCAGAAUGGGUGCCAACACGUCGAGCAGCAGCUAUCCCACGGUGGCCUCAUCGGGAAGCGGGGGAAACAGCAAUUCCAGCAGCUCGAAUGGCAACCUAUCCGCUCUGCCCAUGGGCAUGGGCGAGAUGUCCGGCGGAGCAGGUGCUUACGGCAGUGGCAGUAGCUGCGGGCCAAGUGGGAAUGCCGGUGGUGCUCCGGGCAUCGUCAUCAGUGGAGCACACUACCAUCGGGAUCAGAGGAGGAAGCGUGCCACCGGCUUUGCCACCCUCAAACGCAAGUUCAUACGGCGACGGCGCUCCUCCAAGGCCUGUGAUCACGCUCGCGUGCUUAGAGAUUUCGUCUCCGAUUGGGCACCCGUUGAGCUGGCCGCUCUGUGCGAGGAGUUCGAGGCACUGUCGGCUCUGAGGGAUUUGUCGGUGCAGGCCGAGUUGGCACGACCGCCGGCAGCCACAUUUAAGCAGGACCUGGCUGCCAUCUAUGAGAAGAAUCUGUGCACCGAUUGUGAUCUGGUCUUUCGUGGAACGAUAUUCUCAGUCCAUCGUGCAAUAUUAUCGGCACGUUGUGUAUAUUUUCGGGACCUGCUGGCAGGAUGUCCUGGUUUCGGAGCGCGCAUAUGUCUCGAGCUACCCACUUCCCCCAUAGAUGUGCAACUUUUCUCAUCGCUCUUGCGCUACCUAUACACCGGUGAUCUUUGUCCCCACGAUCCGAACAUUGACAUUGGUCUAUUGCGACAGUUGGGCAAGGAUUUUGGAACACCGAAUCCCCUCGAGCACGAUCUGCGCUAUUUGCUGGAAACGGGGGACUAUGCGGAUGCAGCCCUUGUCUUCACGGCGGACGGUAGCAACGAUUAUCUGCGACAGGACUCGGGCACCUCGGAGUACGGCUUCCGGCCGAAGAUCGAACUGCCAUGCCAUAAAGCGAUCUUGAGCGCGAGGUCACCAUUUUUCCGGAAUCUAAUUGCGCGUCGUACACGCAAUAUUGACGAGUACGUGGAGCGUUCGUUGCAUGUGCCCACACGCAUCGUAUUAGAUGAAACUGUUAUACCAAAAAGAUAUGCGCGUGUACUGCUGCAGGCCAUCUACUUGGACUCGGUGGACUUGACAUUGAUUUUGCGAGGCGUGGGAUCGGGCACAUCGGCCGGUUCCCUAGGGGAGGUACACGCUCUCACCAACACAGGACGGGUAAGACCCACAACGCUGGAGGAGGCCAUGGAGUUAUAUCAGAUCGGUCGUUUCUUGGAGCUGGAUAUUUUGGCUCAGGGCUGUGAGGAUUUGAUUCUGGAAUGGCUAUCGAUUGAGACGUUACCCACAGUCCUGAAGUGGGGCUGCCAGCCCUAUGGAUCCGCCUGGGUCUUUCGCCAAGCUUGUCAGUAUUUGCGGGAGGAAUUCGCCGCUGUGAGCUCCUCGCCUGUGUUGCAUCAACUCGAUAAAUCUCAGUUAAUACAUAUUCUGCAUAGUAACUUUCUACAAGCCUCCGAACUGGAGGUAUUGCAGGCCGUACUCAAGUGGGGUGAGCAGGAGCUCAUCCGGCGCAUGGAGGAUCGGGAACCGAACCUGCUAUCCCACACAGCCCACUCGGUGGCGCGCAAGGGGGUGAAGAAACGCGACUUGAGCGACAUAGAGCUGCGCGAAAUACUCUCCGAACUGUUGCCGCUGGUGCGCAUGGAUCAUGUCCUGCCGCCGCACUGCGAGGUCCUCUGCCAGGCGAUUCGACGGGGUCUGGUGAGCACACCGCCAUCGCACAUGAUCGGCGAUGAUCGAGAGAACUUACGUAUCAAUGCCUGGAUUCGUGGGGGCAAAAACCAGGGGCUGUACGUGCGGCCCCGCCUAUUUAUGCCCUACUUCGAGGAGGUCAAGGCCCUGCUGGAGGAUCGAAUGUCAUCGUCACACCAUCAGGUUGAGCUAAUGCGUAUGCGCCGGUGUCGACAUCCCCCCGACAUACCGGACACCCUCUACAUGGUGUCGCAUAUGAAUUCAAAGGCGAAUAGUGAUCUUAGCACAGUAGAAAACCGUAGUACUGAUGGAAAUGUUGAUAUAUUAGUAGGCGCCGCUGUAAUACCACCACCGGACAACCAAACCCUGUUGGCGAUGCGCAAGCGGGAGCACAAGCUGCGCCAGUCGCCCAUGUGCCAGCGUGCUCUGUUGCUGCCGCUCUCCUCGAAGAGUGAAAUCGAUCGGCAAAUACGGCUGCGAGUGGUAAGGGAAUUCAAUCUGCCCGACGAGGUGUCCGACCUCCUAGAAAUCGCCCUGCAAACCAAUCCGGGCAGGAACGAGAGCCACGCCGAGGAGACAAUUGCCACGACGUCGCAGAAGGACGACUCCCUGCUGGAGGACGAGGAUCAAAGCCCGCCGCCAUCGCCGGCGGCCACUUGCUCAGUUUCGCGACACACCACCGUUGCACCGUCGUUCUUGUCGCCCAUGGGCGGCUCAUCCGUGGCGUCGUGCGGCACCGACGCCGCCCAUCCGUGCUACAGUCGAAAUCUCACCUUCCCACGCCACCACUCGAACGGCCUGAUGGGCGUGGCCAAUGCAUUUGGUUCCGGCUCGGGUCCCACGCUGCAGUGCAGCUACUCGCGCCUCUCCUCAUCGGUGCACCAGCGCAACGACCUGCCGGCCCUCAUCACCGAGGGCGACUUCCGGUUCCCGCACGGCAAUGGCCUGGGACUGGACAUGGGCGCCGAGGGCGGCGCAUGUGGCCUGGACGCGGCCAAUAGCCAUCUGUCCGAGAUGAUGCCCGAUGUGGCGAUGGCCACCGCCUCGCUGGGACAGCUCCACCUGACGAACAAUGGAGCUGGAUGCGGCCCAGGCAACAUGGGCGGACGCGCAGUAAGCAGUAAUAACGACAUGUCCGAGAGCUUGCAAUUAGAUUUAGGCGAUGGCCCGAGCCCUCAUAUAAUUGGAAGUGCUGUCGGUUCUAUGACCCUUCGAAAUAUACAGCACCAACUGCCAACAAACAACUAUCACCACUUUAUGCAGCGUUCGAAUUCGCCAUUCGAAAUCCUGCGGCAGGGUCAACCAUCGCCAACAUCACAUCCACAACAUUCCGGGACAUACAAUUCUGGACCACCAAGGUUUUUAUAGAGAUUUCGAGUGGCCCCCGAUCAUGGGCAUUAUUUUAGCAUGCCUUUCUAAAUAAAAAUCCGAUACAAUUAAAACUAAAAAUCUAGAUAAAUAAAACAAACUACUAAAUAAAUGUCAAAAUGAUA